CCUCGGCGCCAACGGACCAAGCCAGCCCAGCAGCGGGAGCCGCAGCGGGAUGGAGGCGGCAGCCACGGAGCGCCCCGCAGGCUGGCCCGGGGCGCCCAUCGCCCGGACUGGGCUCUUGCUCCUCUCUACUUGGGUCCUUGCUGGGGCCGAGAUCACUUGGGGCGGCGGCAGCAGCGGCGGCGGCGCCCCCGCCUCGCCGCCCCGGCUACCACUGCUCUCGCCGCGGGGAGUCGCGGGCCAGUGGCCGGAGCCAGCGGCGGGGAGAGGCGGGGGUCUGGGGCGCUGGCCCCGGGAGGAGAUGCCUUAUCCCGGCGGUGGUGGCGGCAGCCAGGCGGAGGAUGAAGAGGAUGAAGAGGAGGAGGCAGCUGGGGAGCGGGAGGAGAGAGCUCCCUGGGGCCGCGGUUUUCUGGAACUCAGGGGGUCUGCCCCAGCUGUCCAAGGAAAGCUUGGUGCUAGGAGGAGUCGCAGGGCGCAGCCCCCAGGCUCCCUGGCCCACUGGGGCAGCCGGGGAAAUUCCCCGGCGGACGGAUCGAGAGGGAGCCGGGCGCCGGCCAAAGGCUCCCAGGAAGAAGGGAGGGGGCCGAGAGCUUGGGGGGCGGCGGCAGAAGAGCUCAAACUGACCAGCACCUCGUUUGCCCUGACCGGAGACUCGGCGCACAACCAAGCCAUGGUGCACUGGUCCGGAUACAACAGCAGCGUGAUACUGAUUCUGACCAAGCUCUAUGACUUCAACCUGGGCAGCGUGACAGAGAGCUCGCUUUGGAGGUCAACAGACUAUGGAACUACCUAUGAGAAAUUGAAUGACAAAGUGGGGCUCAAGACUGUACUGAGUUACCUUUAUGUCAAUCCUACCAACAAACGGAAGAUAAUGCUUCUCAGUGAUCCUGAGAUUGAGAGCAGCAUUUUGAUUAGCUCAGAUGAAGGAGCAACCUACCAAAAGUACAGACUGAACUUUUAUAUCCAGAGUCUACUCUUUCAUCCUCAGCAGGAAGACUGGAUCCUAGCCUAUAGCCUGGACCAAAAGCUCUAUAGCUCCAUGGAUUUUGGGAGAAGAUGGCAACUGAUGCAUGAGCAUAUUACACCCAACAGGUUUUACUGGUCAGUCACGGGCUUGGAUAAGGAGCCUGACCUUGUACACAUGGAGGCGAGGACGACUGACGGAUAUGCCCACUAUCUCACCUGCCGUAUUCAGGAAUGCUCAGAAACCACCAAGAGUGGUCCCUUUGCCCGAUCCAUUGACAUCAGUUCACUGGUGGUCCAGGAUGAAUAUGUUUUCAUUCAGGUGACUUCUGGUGGAAGAGCCAGCUACUAUGUGUCCUACAGAAGAGAACCCUUUGCCCAGAUUAAGCUGCCCAAGUACUCCCUGCCAAAGGACAUGCAUAUCAUCAGCACAGACGAGAACCAGGUGUUUGCAGCAGUUCAAGAGUGGAACCAAAAUGACACAUAUAACCUCUACAUCUCUGACACCCGUGGUGUCUACUUCACCUUGGCCCUGGAGAAUGUCAAAAGUAGUCGGGGCCUGGAGGGCAAUAUCAUCAUUGACCUAUAUGAGGUAGCAGGCAUCAAAGGGAUAUUCCUGGCCAACAAAAAAGUAGAUGACCAAGUGAAGACUUACAUCACUUACAACAAAGGCAGGGAUUGGCGUCUGCUGCAGGCUCCAGACACUGAUCUGAGAGGGACCCCUGUCAACUGCUUGUUGCCCUUUUGUUCCUUACAUCUCCACUUGCAGAUCUCAGAAAACCCAUAUUCAUCAGGACGAAUCUCCAGCAAGGACACGGCCCCUGGGUUGGUGGUAGCCACAGGCAAUGUCGGCACCGAACUCUCAUACACGGAAGUUGGCAUGUUUAUUUCCUCUGAUGGGGGAAAUACCUGGAGACAGAUCUUUGAUGAAGAGUAUAACAUUUGGUUCUUGGACUGGGGAGGAGCUCUUGUGGCCAUGAAACACACAUCUAUGCCCAUCAGGCAUUUGUGGGUGAGUUUCGAUGAGGGGAGCUCCUGGGACAAGUAUGGUUUUACUUCGGCUCCACUCUUCGUGGAUGGGUCUCUGGUGGAUCCAGGUGUGGAGACACAGAUAAUGACAGUUUUUGGCCACUUCAGCCUCCGCUCUGAGUGGCAGCUGGUGAAAGUGGACUACAAAUCCAUCUUCAGUCGAAGGUGCAACAAGGAUGACUUCCAGACCUGGCACCUGCUUAAUCAGGGAGAACCUUGUGUCAUGGGGGAAAGGAAAAUAUUCAAGAAACGCAAGCCAGGAGCACAGUGUGCAUUAGGAAAGGAUUACUCUGGAACUGUGGUCUCUGAACCAUGCAUCUGUGCAGACUGGGACUUUGAAUGUGAUUAUGGCUAUGAGAGACACGGAGAUAAUCAGUGCAUCCCUGCUUUCUGGUACAAUCCAUCAUCUCUAGCAAAGGACUGCAGCCUUGGCCAGAGCUACCUCAACAGUACUGGGUACCGGAGAAUUGUGUCUAACAACUGCACAGAUGGGCUAAGGGAGAAGUACACCGCUAAAUCCCAGCAGUGCCCAGGCAAGGCUCCAAGGGGUCUCCACGUGGUGACUGUGGAUGGGCGGCUGGUGGCUGAGCAAGGGCACAAUGCUACCUUUGUCAUUCUCAUGGAGGAGGGUGAUCUCCAGAGAACAAACAUCCAGCUAGACUUUGGAGAUGGGAUUGCUGUGUCCUACGCCAACUUCAGCCCCAUAGAGGAUGGCAUUAAGCACGUGUACAAGAGUGCGGGGAUCUUCCAGGUGACGGCCUAUGCAGAGAACCACUUGGGCUCAGACACUGCUGUCCUCUUCCUACAUGUGGUUUGUCCUGUGGAACAUGUCCAUCUCAGCGUUCCUUUUGUAGCCAUCAGGAAUAAAGAGGUCAACAUCACUGCAGUUGUAUGGCCCAGUCAGCUGGGGACCCUCACCUACUUCUGGUGGUUCGGCAACAGCACUAAGCCCCUGAUCACCUUGAACAGCAGCAUUUCCUUCAUGUUCACCUCUGAGGGCCUGAACACCAUAACAGUCCAGGUGGCAGCCGGCAAUGCCCUCAUCCAGGACUCGAAAGAUAUUGCAGUGCAUGAAUAUUUCCAGUCACAGUUACUGUCCUUCUCACCCAAUCUGGAUUACCACAAUCCUGACAUCCCCGAGUGGAGACAAGAUAUUGGCAAAGUCAUCAAGCGUGCUCUGGUCAAAGUCACCAGUGUCCCAGAAGACCAGAUUCUCGUGGCAGUAUUCCCUGGCCUCCCUACCUCAGCUGAGCUCUUCAUCCUGCCCCACAAAAACAUGACUGAGAGAAGGAAAGGCAAUGAAGCUGACCUGGAGCAAAUUGCAGAGCUCCUGUUUAAUGCUCUAAAUCAGAACCUGGUUCAGUUUGAGCUAAAGCCUGGGGUCCAAGUCAUUGUCUAUGUGACUCAGCUGACAUUAGCCCCACUUGUGGACUCCAGCACAGGGCAUAGCAGCUCAGCGAUGCUGAUGCUUUUGUCUGUGGUAUUCGUGGGUUUGGCUGUCUUCUUGAUCUACAAGUUUAAAAGGAAAAUUCCCUGGAUUAACAUCUAUGCCCAAGUUCAACAUGACAAGGAGCAGGAGAUGAUUGGGUCAGUGAGCCAAAGUGAAAAUGCUCCCAAAAUCACCCUCAGUGACUUUACAGAGCCCGAGGAACUGCUGGACAAAGAACUGGACACACGGGUCAUAGGUGGUGUUGCCACCAUCGCCAACAGUGGAAGCACAAAGGAAAUCCCCAACUGCACUAGUGUUUAAUGUGGUUCUGAAGCCCCUUGGUCUACAACCAUUCUGAUUUGUUUUUUAAUUUUUGAUGACUACUGUUCUUAUUAUUAUAGGGGGAGGGGGAAGAAAACUAUCCUUUUUUUUAAUCCUCUGCAACCUCAGAGUCUCCUUUACAAACAGAGGACAUUGGAGAAAGGCCUUCUUAACAAAUUUAAAUGGCCCAAGAAUCAAUAACUAUGUUCCUAUCAUGGUGGAAGACUCUCUUUUUCCUGCUGCUUCUGUGCUACCUUCUGCCAGUGGCAGCUCAAAAGUGGACUUUCUAUGUCCUCUUGGACUCUACCUUGUUUUGGUUGUUGUUGUUGUUGGGUUUUGUUUUGUUUUGUUUUGGUUUUUUUACACAUACAAACUCUCCAAACCACACAGACACAAACCCGUGAUCUAGUCUGCUUCUGCUGGGCCCCAGUGGGAGUGGAAGUAGCCCAGAAGCAGGAAGCAUCCUUUUGAGAGGCCCUGCCUAGUGCAUGUCAACACUGAAGAGACCAACAAUGAAGAAGACAGCAUAUUGUAGAUAAUGACAAUGUAAAUAGCUUUUUAUUUCCUGGGAAAUAAUUUAAUGUUUAGUAAAAAAAGAAAAAGAAAAAAGGAAGAAACUUGGUGCGCAUGCACACACAUAAAGACACAUACACACACACACACACACACACACACACACACACACACACACACACACACACUGGACAAAUCCACCAGGAACCUGUUUGGCAAGUAUGAAUUCUGGACCAAGUCCGGUUGUCUGUCACAUUUAACUCUUUCAUCUCUAUGUCCACAACAUAGCUGUUUCCUAUUCUGUAUAUAAAAAAUGGGGGGAAAUCUUUUGGACAGUUGGAAAAGAUUAGAAUGAAGUGAUAUUGCAAUACACAGAGUUCUCUGUGUUCCCCAGGUGGCAUAGCAUGGCUUUCAAGAUAUGCUCAAUAAGUGCUCUUGUUACCUGACAUCAAGGUUUCCCCCCGAACAAGCACUACUUGAUAGUAUUGCCUGAUAGGAAAUCAGCCUGAUUAUGAAUUAUAUUAGGAAAUUGUGUUUCUAAUGCCUUCUGCCUAUGAGGGAACAGAAGAAGAUAUUUGGGGCAUCUAGACUCUUGGUGACUCCUUGCUGAACUCAGUCGAAUGAUAGAAGAUGGGAAUGGUUAGUAGACUUGGUAGUGUGGGUCUGGCCCAUGUACAUUUUAUAGGCCAAAUAGCAAUCUCUAGUGGUCUGAUGAUCUUAGCCAACUCUGCAACACCGUGGUAUUUCAUCGUCAGGAAUACGCACCCUCCUUAAAGUCAAGUGUCUGCCUUUAGUUCCCUUUAGAUAACUCGAGUCUUUGUGAGGGGAGGGGGGAGUUUAGCAGUGAUUCUCAUUUUCCCUGCUGCACACAUUUCUACCCUAGUUCCAUUACCCUUGGGUUGUUCUAGCCCAAACUCUGAACACUGUUAUUUUUUUCAGGGGGGAGGGCAAGAUGGAAACAUUUAUUUAAAAAAAAUUAUAUCUUCAAAGGUGAUAAAAAGGAAAAUUACUUUGAUGGGAUAUUUUUCACAUUCCACCCUCUAUGAAAAAUGUAAGGCAUCUAAAAGAAUGCCAUUGGCUGAUUACAGCAGCAUAGAGCAUCCAUCCCUAUAUUUCUUUGAAAAGAUUAGGAGUGUUUUAAGCACCCUAUUUUCUUUCUGUUGUUAUUUCAAGGGUUAAUUGGGGCAGACAAUUGCAAUACUUGUAUUAAAUACUGGAAUACAAAUGCAUGAGUCAUAUCUAUAUAUACAGUAUAUGUAUAUAUACUGUUCUUGGUUUUAUUGUUCCAUUUGAAUAUUUCUACUGUAAAAAAAGGCAGUGGUUUUGAAAUUGUU